AAAUUGAAAUUAUUUUAAUUAAUAAUAUUUUUUUAUGUAAGCUGUGUGUAAAUUGUGGUCUAUAUAUAACGCUCACAUUUGGCUUUUGCUUUCACUUUCCAUUUCUGUGAGCUCGCAAGCUGCUGUUACUCUCACUCUCUUCCUCUGCUCUGGAUUCCGCUCUCCAGAUCUGAUCCUAAAACUCCCAAGAAAAUGGGUCGUGGAGUUAGCAGUGGUGGAGGCCAAAGCUCAUUGGGCUAUCUUUUUGGGAAUGGAGAGGCUCCAAAGCCCUCCACCAACACCCAACAUGCUUCAAAUGAUGGGCAAACCAUGAAUAAUGUGCCUCCCUCCAAACCUGUUUCUGCUCCUCAGCCGGUAGAUGUGACCAAGCAGAUACCUGCUGGUAUUAAUAGUACUUCUGCAAACAACUACAUGCGUGCAGAUGGCCAGAAUACUGGAAACUUCCUCACGGAUCGACCUUCAACCAAAGUCCAUGCUGCUCCUGGUGGUGGAUCUUCUCUGGGAUACCUCUUCGGUGGUGGUAGUAACUGAGAUAUACCUUAAUCCCAUCCUGAUGGAAGUUCUAUAUGUCAAUUCUUGUGGAAACCUGUAGUUUGGAUGAUGCAUUGGAAACCUGUAGUUUGGAUGAAGCAAUGCAUUCACUAUAGUACAUUUUAAGCGAACCUGUUGGAUCAUGCGAUGUAACAUAUUGGUGGUGGUGGUGUUUGUUUUGUUCAAUCAAAAGGCAUUUUAUAUGCAUGAACUUUACUAUUGUGUUUUCAGCGAUAUUUCUAUUUGCAGAGGGAGCUUUGCUCCUUCCAGUAGAUUCUCUCCCCCUUUUUAUGUAUGUGAAUAUAUCAAGGUUUUCUUCCA